ACAACCAAACAACCAUCAAAACAGUCACCACCACCAUCAUCAAAACUGUUAACAUAGCGGCGGCGGCGGCAGCUGCGGCAAACGUCACCCUCCGGCCACAGCGUCCGCCUAAAGGGAUGGUUUUCUCGGCGGAGCAGCUCUUCGCUGACCACCUUCUUCACUCGUGCUGAGCGGGAUUUUUUGGGCUCUCCGGGGUUCCGGCUGGGAGCAGCUUCAUGACUACGCGGAGCGGGAGAGCGGCCACACCAUGCGAGCACAAAUUGAAGUGAUACCAUGCAAAAUUUGUGGCGAUAAAUCCUCCGGGAUCCACUACGGAGUCAUCACGUGUGAAGGCUGCAAGGGAUUCUUUAGGAGGAGCCAGCAGAACAAUGCCUCUUACUCCUGCCCAAGGCAGAGAAACUGUUUAAUUGACAGAACCAACAGGAACCGUUGCCAACACUGCCGACUGCAGAAGUGUCUUGCCCUAGGAAUGUCGAGAGAUGCUGUGAAGUUCGGGAGGAUGUCCAAGAAGCAAAGGGACAGCCUGUAUGCCGAGGUGCAGAAGCACCAGCAGCGGCUGCAGGAGCAGCGGCAGCAGCAGGGUGGGGAGGCGGAAGCCCUUGCCAGGGUGUAUAGCAGCAGCAUCAGCAAUGGCCUCAGCAACCUGAACAAUGAAGCCAGCGGCACAUAUGCCAACGGACAUGUCAUUGACCUGCCCAAGUCCGAGGGUUAUUACAACGUGGAUUCCUGCCAGCCUUCCCCUGAUCAGUCAGGACUUGACAUGACUGGAAUCAAACAGAUAAAGCAAGAACCUAUCUAUGACCUCACAUCCGUACCCAACUUGUUUACCUAUAGCUCUUUCAACAACGGGCAGUUAGCACCAGGGAUAACAAUGACUGAAAUCGAUCGAAUUGCACAGAACAUCAUUAAGUCCCAUUUGGAGACAUGUCAAUACACCAUGGAGGAGCUGCACCAGCUGGCAUGGCAGACCCACACCUAUGAAGAAAUCAAAGCGUAUCAAAGCAAGUCCAGGGAAGCACUAUGGCAGCAAUGUGCCAUCCAGAUCACUCACGCCAUCCAAUACGUGGUAGAGUUUGCAAAGCGGAUAACAGGCUUCAUGGAGCUCUGCCAAAAUGAUCAAAUUCUACUUCUGAAGUCAGGUUGCUUGGAAGUGGUUUUAGUGAGAAUGUGCCGUGCCUUCAACCCAUUAAACAACACUGUUCUGUUUGAAGGAAAAUAUGGAGGAAUGCAAAUGUUCAAGGCCUUAGGCUCUGAUGACCUAGUGAAUGAAGCAUUUGACUUUGCAAAGAAUUUGUGUUCCUUGCAGCUGACCGAGGAGGAGAUUGCUUUGUUCUCAUCUGCUGUUCUCAUCUCUCCAGACCGAGCCUGGCUGAUAGAACCAAGGAAGGUCCAGAAGCUUCAGGAAAAAAUUUAUUUUGCACUUCAACAUGUGAUUCAGAAGAAUCACCUGGAUGAUGAGACCUUGGCAAAGUUAAUAGCCAAGAUACCAACCAUCACGGCAGUUUGCAACUUGCACGGGGAGAAACUGCAGGUAUUUAAGCAAUCGCAUCCAGACAUAGUGAAUACACUCUUUCCUCCGUUAUACAAGGAGCUCUUUAAUCCUGACUGUGCCACCGUCUGCAAAUGAAGGCGACGAGAGAACUGUCUCAUAGUCAUGGAAUGCAUCACCAUUAAGACAAAAGCAAUGUGUUCAUGAAGACUUAAGAAAAAUGUCACUACUGCAACAUUAGGAAUGUCCUGCACUUAAUAGAAUUAUUUUUCACCGCUACAGUUUGAAGAAUGUAAAUAUGCACCUGAGUGGGGCUCUUUUAUUUGUUUGUUUGUUUUUGA